UUCGCCUUCUUCCUGGACACGCCGUUCGCGCUGAAUCGCCGAGUCUUCGGAAUCGGCGUUUAAAGUCCGACGCGUGGAGGAUGGCCGACGGAGAGCCGAAGUGACGCUUGCGCUCAUCGGCAGCGGUCCGGCUGGGCCAGCGGGGGUGCCGCCAUGCUGGACGAGGGGGAAGACGGCGACGGGGCCCUGCGAGCCGAAGUGGAGCGGCUGAGUCUGGAGCUGCAAGAGGCCAACGAGGAGAAGCUGCAGGCGGCGCGCUAUGGCCUCGCAGUGCUGGAGGAGAACGCUGCACUGAAGCUCGGGCACGGCCAGCUGGAGGAGGAGCACGAGAGCCUGAAGCAGGAGCUUCAGCAGCUCAAAGAGGCACUGGCCGACUCCGUGAGCAGCCACAAACGCGCAGCGGCUGACGGGGAGAGCCGGGAAGAGAGCUUGCUGCAGGAGACCGCCAACAAGGAGGCGGCCAUGGCCCUGCGGAUGGAGGAGGUGACGGCAGAGCUGCGGCAGACGCGUAACUGGCUGGCCAACGUGCAAGCAGAGAGCGAGAGGCUGGGGGUGCUCUCCAGCCAGCUGAAGAAGGAGUGCGAGUGUCUGGAAGCAGAGAAAAGGCACCUCCGGGAGGAGAUGAAAGAGUACAAGUUCCGGGAGAUGCGGCAGCUGCAGGACAACAGCGAGCUGGAGGAAGAGAACAUCACGUUGCAAAAGCAGGUCUCCGUGCUGAAGGAGAACCAGGUGGAGUUUGAGACACUGAAGCUGGAACUGACCCACAAGCAGGAGGAGGAGGAACUCCUCAAAGCUCAGCUGGAGGAGGCAGCCCGUCUGAGAGAGAUCGCAGAACGUCAGCUGGACGAGGCCCUGGGCGCCCUCAAGGAGGAGAGGGAGCAGAAGAAUAGCCUGCGUAGGGAGCUCUCAAGUCUGGCUCUCCACCCCUAUGACAGCACCGGUGGCCUGGAGCUCCACCUCGAUCACUUGGAGGAUGCCGUGGACGGGGUCGAGCAGGAGGAUCAGGAUGCUAGCGGGUCUCCCACCACCUCUGGGAUCAAUGGACACCUGCCGUGCGCGGCCCCCCACGGCGGCGAGGACGUCCUGCGAGCUCCAGCCCCAGGCCUGGUGUCGGAUCUGCUCAGUGAGCUGCAUCUCUCUGACACCCAGAAGCUCAAACAGCAACUUCUGCAGGCAGAGAGGGACAAGUCAGCUUUGUCCAGCGCUGUACAGGAUUUGCAGACACAGCUGGCAAUCUCCAGAGGAGCCUUGGCUGAGCAGCAGGGCAAGCCGAGUAGGAUUUCUCAACAUGCGGAGACCCCGCAAGGCUGCGAGAAUAUAAAGGACGGCACCGGCGGACACGGCGACACGGGCAGCCAAGAAGAACAGGUGACUGAGGACAAUGGAGCUGAGAGUGGCUUGGAGCUGGACAUCAGCACAGAGAUCCUAGAGGGUCGAAUGCAAGCGGCCAGCGUGGAACUUCUGCAGUUACGGGAGGAGGUGAAGAAGGCAGAGGCCCGGUGCACCACUCUGGAGGACCGAUACCGCCAGGAGAAGGAGCGAUGGAGGGCAGAGGCCCAGGAGCUGGCGGAAAAGAUCCGCCAGUGUAUCCGAUCGAGCCGGCAGGACCAGGAGCGCAUUUUCGAGCUCGAGAAGGAGAUUGGGGCCACCCGGAAGGUGGCCACUGACUCCGAGGGCCACCUCACCGUAGCACAGGAGGAGCUGCUUGCCUUCUCCGAAGAGCUAGCCAACCUCUACCACCACAUCUGCGUUUGUAGCAAUCUCACGCCCAGCCGCGUCACUCUGGACUACUACCGUGAGGGGGCCAGGUUUGGGAGUCGCCCUCACCACCAACGUCACCAUGGACCCCUGCGCCAGCGCCGCUCUGCUGAUCCCUACGGCAAGGUGCUCUACAGCCCGGAAGUUGACAGCGGGGCCAGCGGCGACACCUCGCUUGUCGGUUCCGGACCUGGCAGUUGCCCUGGAUCCCCUACUCUGGACUUCCGGGACCCAACCAACGUGCGCAAUUUGGUGGCUGUCAUCCGCUGCCAAAUUAAACACCUGCAGGUGGCUUUUGACCUGUGCCGCCAGCGGGGAUCUUUGCCAGCUUCAUCUGUGAGGGGAGAUCCUGAGACGGAGCGGGAUACCGAGGCUCUCCUGGAAGAGAUGCUGAAGCUCAAGUCUCUGCUCAGCACCAAAAGGGAGCAGAUCGCCACUCUCAGAACUGUUCUGAAGGCCAUUAAGCAGACAGCGGAAGUAGCCUCGAAUAACCUUAAGACCAAGUACGAGACCGAGAAGAGCAUGGUGUCGGAGACCAUGGUGAAGCUGAGGAACGAACUUAAAGCCCUCAAGGAGGAUGCUGCUACUUUCUCCUCUCUCCGAGUCUUGUUCGCCAGCAGAUGUGACCAGUACGAUAUACAGCUGGAUGAGAUGCAGAGGCAGCUGGCAGCAGCAGAGGAUGAGAAGAAGACACUGAACUCAUUGCUGCGCAUGGCCAUCCAGCAGAAGCUGGCGCUGACACAGCGGCUGGAAGACCUGGAGACUCCCUACUGCACCCACAGCAACACCAGCAGCCCCCACCGCUCCCGGGCCAAGCAGUUGGGCACCGUCAAGUCUGGCAGGGCCCCCAGGAGCCCCCGUGGAAGUCCUGUUCGGCCCCUGAGGAACAGCCCCAUGUCCAGUCCUGUGAGGACCUCGGGUGGUCAGCCUGGGGGUCUAGGCAGCAGCGGUCACUUUCGAGCGCUCUCCCGGAGUCUGCAUUCUAGUCCGAGAUAAAGAGAAAGCUGCUUGCAUUCAAGUUACCAUAGACUUGAAUGUGCUCGGUCACGAUGACUUCACGAAAUGCCUUCUUGCCAAUAUCGGGACACCUUGUUCCUCUUGGUUCCGACGGUUUGGUCACCGAAGAAGUUGAAGAAAUUAGCAGCUUCUUCAGCCAACAAUGAAAACUCCAUUUCACACUGGCAUAUAGUUAAAAAUAAUCUUUUUCAAUAUCCUUUUAAAUCCAGUAGAUAAUUGAUGGCAGAUACAUUCUGACAUUUUACAUUCAGGGAUGCUUGGAGUUGCCAGCUGUGCCUUCAGUAGAAUCUCAGUUCUGUUUUAUUUAUAAUGCUAGUAAAAUAAUUAGGGUCCAAAGAACUGCUCUAAAUGUAUGUAAACCUCAGGAUGUGUAAAUUGCAUUUUUUUUUGAGUAAAGUAGCACGUGUGUCAAUGUAAUUGAAAGUAUUUGACAUAGUUGAUGGGUUUUCAUUAAUGUUGCUGAUGGUUCCUUACAGGGCAGGUCUUCACGUUCUAAACGUCACUCUUGGUUCGCAUCAGUGCUCUGAUUCCCUGGCUGAGUGCUUCUUCCUUGGGUAUCUGCUGUAGUUAGGAGUACAUCAUGACAAUUUUUAGUUCUGUUCUCUUACGUCUUCAGAAAAAUUCUUAUGAGCACUUUAAAAUCCCUACAGAUACUCCAGGCACCUUUUUGAGCUACGGAUAUGAUAUGCAUUUCCUCGUUCUGUGGUCUGAGGCCAAGGCUAAUUUUUAAAAGCAGCAGCCUGGGUGCCUCCAGUAACAAGACUACAUUCGCUCUUUCCAGAGGACCACAUAUCACAGGCCUCAGCAUCCCGACUGCAAGCUAGUACUGAAAUGUGUCGUUCCAGCCCUCACUGCUUAUGCAGACUGGAGGAGGAUGAGGUUGGGUAUUUACCCCUCUCUUAAAGGAAGGUCCACGCUGGCAGUCUCACAGGGCUAAAGGUUAGAUAGGCUCAGCGAGGUACUGUACAUGUGGUAAAAUGUGGCCGUGACCACAUCCAGUGAGCCCUCAGUAGCACCUCUUGUUUCAGUGUUUGGGUGGAAGCUGUUCAGCCACAUCAUCGUUUACAAACUUUAAAUUCUAUGUCAUGUAUACAUGCCUCCAGUUUAGUCUACUAAAACUGUGCCUUAAGCUUUCUUGUGUUAUAUUGAUUUUAAAAAAAAACUUUUUUUUAAACACAAGUUACAAAUAGGAGGUUGUAUACAUCCUUGUCUCUAAAUACAUUUGUAUUAUAUUUUUUAUUGGGAACGUGAGCCCUUUAAUUACUGUUGUUUUUCAGAUGUCAUUCUAGGUCGUCACCCUCCUCAGAGGUCCUUACUUUAUGAUGAACUGCAAUAUUGUUUUCUGUUCCCUCUUAUUCUAGUAUAUCAAAUAACUUUUAAUGACAGCUUACCAAAUUACUUUUUAUUGAGACUGCCUCAAAAAUGAUGCUGCUCCUUAUACUGUAGUGAUAUAUAAAUUUAAAUCUGAAAUGUAUCUCUUUUUGCAAACUAAAAUAUUGCGCUGCAUAAGUUCUGGGUUAAAAUGCACUGAAAACAUUCCUUGUUUAGUGGCUGUGUCUAACAGGCAGUGUUGCACAGAAUGGGGUCCGCUGUUGGACCCUAGAGUCAUUUGUACAGAAGAACCGUAUGUUGAUGCUGCUUCCUUACCACUGUAGCUGACGGGUGGAUGUACCCGAGUUUUGAUCGCGGAGAGCUUCCAUUUGCCAAUGUGAGCAAAUCCACAUUAGCCAGUAUUCCGAAUACCAAGCAAGCGUCGUAGGUUUGGGGGUAAAAGGACUGUAAAUUUUUGCACUUCCUUCAUUUGAGAAAUUCAUAUGAAGGUAGCAGUUGUGUAUUAAAUGACAUAGUCCGCCGUUAAUACACAUCCCUAAUUUGCAGUAUUGCGGUUCAGUCGCGCAUAACAGUGCGGAACUGCCUUCUGCUGGCGAUAAGCGUUGAAGCAAGAGGGCGGAAAUGUUUUGUCGCAACUUCUUUCAACCCGCAUUGCCACCAGACUGCCGCUGGCAUUUCACAGGCCAUCCACAAACAGGAAGCGCUCUGGUUUUCUUGCCAUGCUCUUACAGAUAUGCGCCGUCACCAGUUACUAGAAAUUCCAUUGUUCGAAAUCCUUUGAAUGCCAUGGGUUGACGGAAAGAUAAAUGGGGUCACGCUCCUUGUUCGUGCAAUGUUUUGACUCGGUUCUGUGCGAUUUACUGUGUGUCAGCAGGCUGCCUGUGCUGACGAAAGCCAAGGGCAUUGUUUUUAACUUGGUGGUGAAAAUAACAGCUUGAUUUACGGCACAUAUUUAGACAAUUUAUUUAAAAGGCUUUAUUAUAUCUCUGAAUUAAUAUGUGGGGGGGGGGAAUCAAGUGUUUGCUCAGUUUACUUAAUGCCCAUGAUGCAGGACACAUGUUGCAUAAUUUGUUUGGUCUAUUUAACUGCUUUGUAUACAGAUACAAUCAUAUAUAACUAUGUUCUUAAUAAACUCCACUGUGGAUCAACUGCUUCUCCAAGGAUUCAGUGGAACUUUGCUGGAUAGUACUGUUUAUCAAGCGGCGUUUUGUCUGUACUGCUUCAAGCCAUUAAGUGAUUUUCCUUUCUCUUUUUUUUUUUUUUUUUUUUUUGUAUUGUAGGUUCUUCAUUCUUUGCACAAGUCCUGCAUUCCUAGAGAAAUAAAACAUUCA